AUGUCUACUGUUAGGAGAUCUAUUGUCAAUCUUCCCUCAAAUGAAGGAGUUCAAAAUCUUGUGGGAGAUAAAGCAUGCCGUUGGAUAGUGGGUGAUGGUGCCACUAUAUUCUUUUGGCUUGAUAAAUGGAUUGAUGAUGUUCCUUUUAGCUCAAAAUUUCCAGGCCUUUUCUGUUUGGCCAAUUUGAAGGAAUUGAAAGUUUUUGAAGCUUGGAAUAAUGGGUCUUGGUCUAUUAGUUUUCAACAUAACUUAUAUUCUUGGGAAAUGGAAUCCUAUGGCUCAAUCGCAAGGUGGAGUCAACUGGAUUUCGUUGCUUUUUGUAUUCAAUCAUGGUCUGAAGGCCCUUUUUUUGGUACUAUUUAUAAACGAUGGAUGAUGGUUUCUUUCCAAGUCGCGGAUGCUUCGAAGCAGCCAUUCCCUGAUGCUCAAUUUGAUCUAGUUUGGUCUAUGGAAAGCGCAGAUCAUAUGCCUGACAAAGCUAAGUUUGUUAGUGAGUUAGUGCGAGUUGCAGCUCCAGGAGGCACAAUAGUAAUAGUGACAACUUGCCAUAGGGAUCUUGGUCCCUCUGAAGAGUCUUUGCAGCCGUGGGAGAAAAAGCUGCUAAACAGGAUACGUAAUGCAUUUUGUUCGUCUGGUUAUUGUCCCCGUGCUGUUUAUGUCAAACUACUUGAGUCCCUAUCUGUCCAGGAUAUAAAGGCUGCUGAUUGGUCUGAGCAUGUUCUCCCAUUUUGGGCAGCAGUGAUGCGCUCAACAGUAUUCACAUGAAAGGCCUCAUAAAGGUUCUAUGUGGUGGUAAUUAAGUCUAAUCUAAAAUCCAUAAAAGUAGCACUGGCCAUACCAUUGAUGGAUGAAGGACUUCGGAAAGGCUUGCUCAGAUACACUAUUAUCACCUGCCGAAAACCUGAGUAA